UAAUGUGAAACAUGCAGACGCCCAGCCUAUAAAUAAUGCUGACAAAUUUUAGGGGAAGAGAACACUGAACCUGAAGAAAACAAGGGAAGCUUUGUGAAAUGAAGAAAACGUGGUUUUUCCUAAAAGUCAUGCCAGUGUUGCUGUUCUUGACUCUGCUGUGCCCAGUCUUGGUCUCCUCUUCACAGCCGUCUGCAACAGACUCGUGCGGGCCUGAGUUUGCUGUUCUCAAGCGCAGCAUAAGGAAACUUGAAAAUAGUCUUUUGAUCAGAAAAUGGCAGGUUGAGCACUUGCAGACGCACAAAUACUUCCGUCCGUUUCAGCCUGCUGCGUCUAACAGCAAACCUCAGGCUGAUUCAGACCCCGAUUCUGGUUUAAACCACAACAAGAGCGCAGCACUAGAUGGACUGGAUAUGACGCUGACUAAACCACUUCCACCGACAGGCAAUUUAAUUGUAUAUGAUAAAGACUGUUCUGAACUGUUCGACAGACAGAGACCAUCAAGCGGUUUCUACCGCAUAAGACCCAAAUUACAUCAGGAGCCCUUUUUAGUUUACUGUGACAUGGAUGAUGGAGGAGGGUGGACAGUGUUUCAAAAACGCCGGCAUGGAAGAGUUGACUUUCACAGAGACUGGGUGGACUACAGAGAUGGCUUUGGCGACUUCAAACUGUGGAAUGACGAGUUUUGGUUGGGCAAUGAACAUAUUUACUCUCUGCUCUCAGAAGGUAAGAACCUUGUGAAGAUCGAUCUUAUGGAUUGGGAUGGACAGAGAAGCUAUGCGUUUUAUGACAACUUCAGGAUCACCAAUGAGGCUGAUAAAUAUCGUCUUCAGUAUGGGCAGUACAGUGGGUCAGCGGGAGAUGCUCUCAGUGGAAGCAGGGGUGUGGUGGAGCAGUGGUCUUCUUGCCUCAGUGGCAUGCAUUUCAGCACCAGGGAUCAGGAUAACGACCGGUACCUCCAGGGAAGCUGUGCCCAGGAGAAUAAAGCAGGUUGGUGGUACAACAGAUGUCAUGCAGCCAACUUAAAUGGAAAAUUCUAUCGCAGAGGGAAGUACAAAGCCGAGUAUGAUGACGGUAUUGUUUGGGGGACCUGGAAAGGCCUUUGGUAUUCACUUAAACACACCACCAUGAAGGUGCGGCCUCUGGUUUUCCUAGACGCCGUGGGCAGUGGAGCGGGCGAAAUUUAAAAACCUAAACGCUAAAAAACAAAAACAAACAUUCUUUGCCAUAUUUUAAUUUCUCCCUUUGCUAUUUUUCUAUCAAAUAUCAGUAAUACCGUAUUGUAUGCAUUUCUUUCUGUAAAGUGUCUAUUAACCAAACACUAAAAUAAACAGCAUUUCAUCCAUAA